AUAACUUGAAAAUAUCACAAACUUGACAUUGGCUAAUCAGAGUAAAGCAAGAUUUAAAGAAAUAAUAAUAAAUCCUCCCUGCAUGAAUGAUUGAUUACCAAUAUUUCUAUGAAAACCCCUCUACAAACUUGAGGACCACAGUCUCAAGAGUACUUUGUAAAUAUAGUUAAGGAUUGAAGAGGAAGCUACAUGGGCAAAAGCAUCACGCUGGUUCGGUACAGUGUGACACUAAAAAAAACCCACUAAACAAGAAGAAGCACAGCACCCAAGAACGUGUAAACCAAACUACCAACCACCUGGCGACCAAAACAAAAAAGGAAAUAAAAUACUAAAAACCAACAAUAUAAAAUGAUACAUGAUGCAUUGCUGAUUCUGUGGGAUUGUUCUCAAAGUACAAAUAUAUCUCAGCCUGAACCCAUUACAUACGCAAAUGAGGGAGAUGCAGAAGUAUAUAAUAGAAUAUGUGACAUUGCUAAGAGUCAUCACAAAAUUCAAAACUUUUUACUGGAGGCAUCCUUCCAUUCUAGAAAAAUUCUCACAGCCUCAGACCACAGAUCCUAUGGGCUGUAUGGUCAAGCACUUAGCGAAGGUAUAUCUGAAAUCCUGCAGUCAUACAAAAAGACUUUAAAAGAAGUAGAAGACUCCGUCAUCGGCAACCAGAAUUACACACUGUCAUUUGUAUACAGCCAUGUAGAAAAGUUUCAAGGGCUAUUUAACACCUUGAAUAGGAUUAUUAGCACCAUAAAAGGAAGGAGGCUGACUGGUUGUCAAAUAUUGAGUCUCGUACAUCAGCAUAUUUUGAAUGGCAAUCAAUUAGUACAUGAGGCUAUUAUUCAAAUAUUUUCCUGCAUCAACACAGUGUUUAUAAAUCAACUUUGCACAUGGCUUUUAUAUGGUCAUUUAAGAGAUCCAUAUGAAGAGUUUUUUGUGUAUCAAACUAAGAAGGAUGACGCUUCUGAUACAUUUGCUUCAUCUCAAUUAACAGCAAAUACUGGUGACAAAUCACUUGUUUCGACACUCCAACAAACACCAUUAGAUUGUGGGUAUAAUCUGAAUCCUAACAUGAUACCAUAUUUCAUACCACUCUCACUUGCUCAGGAGAUAUUGUUUGUUGGCAAGACGGUCAUACUGUUCGGUUUUGACCCUAAAAAAGUUAAGAAGAGCAAUAGUUUUACUAUUAACAGGCCUAUGUUGACAUUGCAGAAGAUUAACGCUGAUUCUAGAAGAUUUACAAUAUGGGAAGAGAAAGAAGCAGAAUUUCACGAGAAAUUACAAAAACUAAAAACUCCUGAAGUGUUCGAAGUUUGUAACUUGAGAGGUGUUGUCAGAGAAAUCAAGGAAUGUGUUACAAAGCACCUAUGGGCAGUGGCCGUGGAAGAAGCGCAACUCUUACACGAGCUGCGUUUGAUGAAGGACUUCUACUUGCUGGGGCGAGGAGAACUGUUCCUAGAACUGUUGAGGCUCACCGCGCCUAUGCUUGACAAGCCUACCGCUAGAACUUCGACCAGACAUAUGAAUCAUGCCUUCCAACUGGCAGCGCGAGCAGUCUUCCUCAGCAACAGUGCCGAUAUAGAGAAGUUUAGCUUCGAACUGCCGUACGUCAAGCCGAAUAUCUCUGCCAACUCGACGAUUGAGGACGAUAGCAGCACCGACGGAUGGUCCAGCAUAAUUCUGAAGUACGACUUCAAGUGGCCUCUACAUUUGCUGUUCGCGCCGGAAGUGCUCGCGCGGUACAACGACAUGUUCCGCCUCUUGCUGCGGAUAAAGAAGACGCAGCACGAUCUACACGCGCUUUGGAAGACUUAUAAACAAUCCACGAGAUUUUCGAUGUGUCAACUACACAACAAAUUAAUGUUCCUGAUGGACAACCUGCAGCACUACCUUCAAGCGGAUGUGCUCGAGACAAACUAUUCACGUCUCAUGGAAGCGGUCAAUAAGACUAAUGAUUUUGAAAAACUAAAGAAAGCUCACGCCACGUUCCUCGCCGAUAUAUUGAGCCAGUCGUUCUUGACUGUUACUUCGUCUGAUAACGAGUCUGGUGAUUUAUUGGACUCGCUGAACAAUCCAGUGUUCUGUAACAUCAUGGAGUUGCUGAAACUGUGCCAUUCCUUCUGCAGCAUGAGCGAAGCAGUUGCUGAUAGGGAGGCGGAGGACUAUUACUUGCGAGGAUAUUCCGAACGGUUCAACAAACUAGUAAAGCAGUUGAUGCAGCUUCUAGUGUCGUUCCGCGAUCGCCCGUGCGGGGUGCACUUGGCGAGGUUGCUGAUGAGACUCGACUACAACCGUUGGCUCAGCGGCGAGGCCCAACUCACACAAUCCGUCACCAAUAUGCUGCGAUAGUCUGUCUCCAUAGGAAAAACUGUUGAUACCUAAGUUCAACAAACUAGUAGAUCAGUUGAUGCAGCUUCUAGUGUCGUUCCGUGAUCGCCCGUGCGGGGCGCACUUGGCGAGGUUGCUGAUGCGACUCGACUACAACCGCUGGCUCAGCGGCGAGGCCCAACUCACACAAUCCGUCACCAAUAUGCUGAGAUAGUCUGUCUAUAUAGGAAAAGCUGUUGAUACCCAAGUUCAACAAAUUAGCAAAGCAGUUGAUGCAGCUUCUAGUGUCGCAUUUUGUAUAAUGACAGAAUACUCUGGGACGCUGUACGUUCUUGAUAGAAACGUACAUAAAUCUCAAAGUGCUUUUUCUAAACAACAAUGUUGCCAAUAAU